CUACUUCUCCAAACCCAGCAUUUCACAAGAUCCCCAGCAACAAAAAAUGCAGGCAGCCUUAAGCUUGACACUUUCAUCACCUCUCCCCAUAGUUACAACCACCAAAACUUCGUCUCCGCCGUGCAAACCCACGCUCCAAUUGCAGACUCCUAGACGUUUCGUUAUCAAAGCAACGCCCGUCCGACAGGACAACUCGACGGUUGAUUACAGCUCCACGGCCUCUGUAUUUCCAGCUGAGGCAUGCGAGACCGUCGGAGGAGAAGCUUGCGAUGUCGAGAUGUUCCCCGAAGUUAAGCUAAAGAAAGAAGCUCAAAGCAAUAAGGAAAAGAGUGGGCCGGAGCAGAUUGAGAGAGAAUACUUGGAGUACAACAGUCCCAAGACGGUUUUCAUCGGAGAGGCUUGUGAUGAUCUGGGAGGAGAAUUCUGUGAGCCCGAGUAUCAGAAAGGGGUUCAAUGAUCACCAGAUAACUUGAAAUGAAACAGUUAUCGUAGAUAAAUAAUGUAUGGUUCAUCACCAUACUUGUAACCUAUUUACUCUCCUUUCCUCUGUUUUCUUAAUAAUUUGAAUGAUUAUAAUACAUUUAAAAUUUUCUUAAUCAA